AUCGUUUCAUCUUUUAUUUAAUUUUUCAUUUCUGUACUUUUAAAAGGCGGGGGAAUCUACUAAUAAUAUAAAAUUUGUACAAUAGUACAAUAUAUUCCCCUUCAAAAUAGUCGCAAUGUACGAGCGGUUAAUAAUUAAUUAACACACACCUUGACAGUUUCAUAUUAAAAUCACCAAAUUCAAAUCACCAUGGCUGUUGAAAGGCAACUUUCGUAUUAACAUGUUUCGCUGUUUAUCGGCCGUAUGCGGCGUGGCCGUAGGCUCAUGCCUUACCGUAAAAUGUCUGAACUAUUUUGAAGACCGAAAUCUUUUGAAUGCAGGAAACGUUGGCCUGAAAUCCAAAAAUCUCGAAUUAAAGUUAGUGCAAGUUUUGUUCCGCCACGGCGCGCGAACACCGUUGAAGUUAAUACCUGGUCUAGAGGAAACCGUUUGGAAUAAAUAUGAACUAAGAUACGAUUUAGAGCAUACGAAACUUGAACAUGAAUUGCGCAGUUUAAGAGCUGGCGAGCUUCCAGAAGAGAAAACACUGACUAGAGAUGUUCUGAGGGUAGGUUUGUUUACUUCCGGUUUAUAAUUGAUAUAUUUAAUAUUUGAUAUAGACAGAUAAUUGACAAAUAACUAGUAAUUGCCUUAGCCUUGUUUUUGCGGUUUCUACUGUCCGAGAAUCUGAUGGUCGUAUUUUUCUCUCAAUAUUUGUGUAGCGGCACAAUAUUUGUAUAUAUUAAACCAUUAAGCUGCAAUGUGCCCAAAUGCACCCUAUUAAUGCCAGACAAUUUUAUCGUCAAGGAGAGAUACUGCUGACCUUCAUUGUGUUAAUCGGACCAUCUGCCCAUGUGUUGAGUUAAGCCAUUAAGUUGCGUUGUGCUUAUAGAUGUACCCCACUUUAUCAUUUUAUACUCUGUCUAACACCAGACGAUUUUACUGGUCAAGGGCAGUACGUGUGCUGGCAUUUGAUGGGUUAACCCAGUCAUUAACCCAUUGAGUGGCAGCACUCUCCACUUGAUGAGUAAAAACGCCUGGCGUUAGACAGAGUAAAAUACUCUGGCGUUAGACAGUAAAAUACUAAAGUUAGAGCGCAUCAGGGUUAAUAUAGAUUGACAUCUGUUUGUUUGUUCUGAAUGUUGGUCGGAUUUGUUUUUCAAUCGGUCAGCUAACGUAGUCAUGUACCAUAGUAGAUUUAGUAGAUUUGGGGGGGGGGGGGUGACUGUGCUAUUUUUCAUGGUAAAGCAAAAAAAUAUUGAGACAAAAUGAGAUACAGUAAUUUGAGUAAUAACAUGAUGAUUCAGGCGUGAACAACAAUUAUAGUUCAAAUGCAGUAGUCAAGCAAGCUAGUACUGCUGUAUGUUGAUGGGUGGGCGGUGCACAUGACCGACACAACUCUGCACCAGAGCUGGCAGAGAACCACCACCACCAGAUCAUGCUGGACCCAUCCCUGAUUUGUCCUCCCAAGUAACUAUACUAACGAAAUGUAUUUUCAUGUUUUAACUAUUCUUCACCAGGGAGGAUGCCUCAUGGGUCAAAUGACAGUAGUUGGCCAACAGCAAACAUUUGAUUUGGGCAGAGAACUGAAGAAAUUAUACAUUGACAAUUUGAAUUUUAUCGGUGACACAUUUGAUCCAAAUACUGUCUUGUAAGUUUUUACAUUCCCGUGUUAGCUUAAGCAGGAUAAAUGUAAGUGUGAAGUACAUCAUGACAUUUUUGAUUUGCAACUUAUGUAUUUUAUUAGUCUUCGAACCACCAAUAUAGAAAGAACCAUUGAAUCAUUGCGAUGUGUUGUGGCUGGAAUGUUUACAGAUAUAAAGGGUGUGAUAUUUCCUAAUGUUUUUAUUAUGUGUAAAUUAAUUUAAAAGUGAAAUUGUUCAGCAUUAGUGAUGAGAUGUGUCUGUUAAGGAUCACCAAUUUUCCCUUGACGCAUUAAGCUGCAAUGCGACCAAAUGUGCUGGACUUUAUUAUUGUAUACUCUGUACAUCUAAUACCAGAUUAUUUUACUUGCCAAGGAGUGAGUCCAAUUAAUGAGAAUAAAAUAACAAAGUAUAUGGCAUGUUAGGGUGCAUUGUGAUUUAAUUAAUGGCAAUAAUAAACUUUUGUGAAACUUGAUGUGAAACUUUUUGACAUUAUACCAUAAGUAUCAACAAUUUCUAAAUCUUAAAUAAUUCAACAUUCUACUUAGAACCAGUCAUCUUUUGGACUCUACCGAUAGCUGAUGACAUUCUGUUUCCAAACUGGCAGACAUGCAAGGCUUUACGUCAGUAUAUAAAGUAUUGUUUUCAAACUGGCUAUCGACUGCCAGGAUACAAAGAGGACCUUGAAAUGUUUUCCAAAAUGGUCGGGCAGCCUUUGUUUAAGAAAACAUUUAUUGAAAUUUAUGAUGACUUGAACUGUCGAACAGUGAGUAUAGUCUGUGUCAUUUUUUGUUUGAUCAACAUAUAAAUUUAUUUAAAUUAUGUCACAUUAUAAUGACUUUAAAUGUGUAGUUUUAUAUGUUAGUAUUAGGUAAUAAAGUUUGGUGUUAUGUGUUAUCUGUAGGAAAGUCUAACCACUUACUGAUGUCAAUGUAAAGAUAGCUCUUUCUCCACAAUUAUUUUAAGACCUUGAGUAGAGGUCUGACCAAGAAUUGAACCAGGGUCUCCCGGCUAAUUGAAAGGCAAGCGUGGUGACCACACACUAAUAAAUCAAUUAUCUUAUACAAUUUGCUACAUUUAAUUUUAUUUUUCCAGGCUCAUAACAAGACUUACCCAGAAAACAUCAAGAGUUUUAUGAAUGUCAUUGAAAAGCAUGCAUUACAACAUUUAUCAGACUCGUUUUUAUCUCCUCCGGAUUGGACGAAGUAUGUGGCAAUUUGAAAUUGUGACAAUUUGAAAUUGUAACAAAUUAAGACAAUGUUAUAAUAAAUUAGUAAAUAAUAAAUUAUCGCAAUUGAAAAUGAAUUGAAACAUUUUUACAUUUCUGACUAACAAACGUGCAUAUAUAUUUUUGUGUUUGUAAAUAGGGGCUUAGUUCUUCCGUUGUCAAGUGGGCAACUGCUUCAAAAUCUUUAUGAAAACAUGAAGUCAAAAGUCAGUAAAACAAAGUAUGUUUUUUUUUAACGAAAACGUUUGCAAAUUAUUUUAAACUGACAGCAGCUCGAUUUGACUUUAGGUCAGACGAACCAGCGACGCCGGAACGAUGUGAAGGCAAGGGGGGCAGAUUUUCGUGAAAGGGCACUUUUGAAUUGAUACUGAUAUACUAAGAGAUGUUUGCAAAACAUCGGGAGUUGAACUUCGCCUAAUCAUGUUUUCUAUUUAUUGGAUGAUACGGGUGUGAGGGGGUUCUCCGCCAGGCGAUUGCGCUAUUCUUGAAGCUCGAUGACUGCAUUUCUUGCGUUUUCUGAAGCAAAUUCGUAAAAGAAUUGCACUAACAUUUCUGACAAUUCGCUAUUUCGCCAAGGCAAUCCCUUAAAUUGAAAGGGCACCUUUGCCCCCCUUGCCCCUCCUGGUAAAGGGCAACGGAGGAGGCUGCCCCUCCUGCCCCCCCCUAGUUCCGGCGUCCCUGAGACGAACCCUAUUAAAACCCAUUGUAAGUAUCACUCAUUUACAUAAUUUCUUUUAUUGUUUAGCGAAUACAAAUUGUACUUGUAUUCUAUUCACGACACGACGCUGAUAACUCUAUUUUCCGCGUUCGAUAUGAAACUUGACAAGUGGCCGCCAUUUGCAGCGUAUAUUUCCUUGGAGUUGUACGAAAAUAAGGUAAACCCUGCUUUGUCAAGAGGAGAAUCGUUUAGUAACACGCGCUCAUGCAAAAGUCAAAACUGUAUACUUUUCUCCUUGGACUUGGUCAGACUAUAUUCUUUUUUUCUAAAUUAUUAUGCUAAAAUGAAGAGAUUUUAGAUGGUACGCCAAAGAGAAAAUGAUGUCUGAAGUUCAGAAAAUUUUGCUUAUAUUGCUGUAUAAAUAUACGGCGUCAAUUUUACAACAUAUCAAUGAUUCAACUAUUAUUUUGUGUUUCUCAACCGUCAGAUACAUUUAAAAAGGUUGCCAACUCACAACUGUGUAAACUACAAAAUAAAGCUAAAAAAAAAGUUUUGAGAGGAAUCGAACGCCAAAAUAAUUUUAGGUUCGUAAAUACGCGACAUUAGACAGAUUUAGAUCGAGGACGUCAUACGACGUCAAAGACGACGUGAAAAUGACGUGUUGUGCCCAUGUAUGGAUAUGCCACGCCAUUUUGACGCCAUUUUCACGUCGUCGUUGACGUCCGCGUCCUCGAUCUAUGUAAAUCUGUCUAUUGAAAAGUUGCAGCGGAUCAAUUUAUGUUUUGGGCCAGUAGGUUGGUAUGAAAACUCGGAAAAUUUACAUAAAAUUUCGCAUAUGAAAUUUAAUGUGAAAUUGGAACAUUUCACAUGUGAAAAUUAGAAUUUUCACAUGUGAAAUUUAAGUUCCACAUAUUUUUCACAUGCAAGGAUCAUAUUAUAUGUGAUUGAAAAUUAAUUUCACAUGUGGAAUUGGAACGCUUCACAUGUGAAAAAAACCCCAUCACAGUCAAUCAUCAUGCGCGAAAUUUAGAAUUUUCACGUUCCAAUUUAUUUUUUAGGAUGGUGGCCAUUUUGUUCGCAUGCUUUACUGUGGGGAUGUAAGUAGACAUAUAGUUUCUUUACAAUUUUGAAUUUAAUUAAAAGCGUAGUUUUGAAGCGUUUCUAACCGGUAUGGUUUCUUACAGGUGGUGAAAUUUAAGAAAUGUAACAAGGAAUUAUUACCGUUAUCUGAGUAAGAAUAUAUUAAAACAUGCAUGCGUUUGACUCUUGUGUACGAGAUAGUCUUGUGUCUUUAGAUUGUGUGAGAUAUUUGACAAUUUUCUCAUUUCAUUUCAGGUUUAAAGAAAUAGUCACGCCUCUCAUUGUCGACGAUGUGGAUAAAGCUUGUCAGACAAUCUUUCACAUACCCGAACACUAACGAUCACAAGAAUAUCUGUGAUUAUAACUAAUUAACAUAAAAUGCGAAACAAGAACCAAAAUAUUUUAUUCUGGAAAACAAUUGCUAAGCAAUAUGUAAUACUGUGACUGAAAAGAUGUCAUUUGCCGGACAGUUGUACAAAAGCCAGACAGCGAUGAUUUUUACGAGAUUUUUUAAAACCACUCAGUUUUGCCCUCUAAAUGAAUGCGGGACCAUUUACAUUAUAGACUAAAUUUUGAUCUAAACAAGUCUAGUCAUCCCAGCUUGAAAGAGCAUCACAAAAUUAAUAAUAUUCCAAAGUUUCGUUGCGAAAUGUUGUAAAAUGCGGAUAAGGCCACAUAAAAUAAAUUCCUUGAUUCUCAUCACUAGACUUUGAAAAUGUCGAAGAGCCGGGAGGUUUAUAUUUUAUAUUUUAUAUUUAUAUAAUUUAUCAUCAAUAAAUAAAAAAAUCAUUCCUAACAUUUAAUAUUUCUGUGAUUUCCAAAGUGAAGUGUCACAAACCAAAAUGAACAUAUUUCUCCACGAACAAUGACUGAACCCCUGAACUGAAUGCGAAGUUCCGUUAAAAUGCACUGAAAUUUCUUUCGAAAGGUUCGAUUUGUUUGAAAUUGGAAGUUUAAAAUGGCACUAAAAACCCAAUUUUAAAUACAAAAAACUUAACUGUCACAUGAAAUAUUUUGUCGGGCAGUUCAUUUAUAUUGUAUAACAAAAUAUAAAAAAAAUUCACGCGGCUCUUAAAAUACAGUCGGGCGGUGAUGAGAAUCAAGGAAUUUAUUUUAUGUGGCCUAAUAUAUAGCCUUGCGAAGUUUGCCGUUUUUCACUCAUUUUGCAUUCCUUUGGGGCUGUCAAUUUCCCGUUUGUAAUACAAAAUGACUGAAAAACGGCAAACUUCGCAAGGCUAUAUAUUAGGCCACAUUUUACUACAUUUCGCAACGAAACGUUGGAAUAUUAAUAAUUUUGCGAUGCUCUUUCAAGCUGUGAUGAAAUUUUUGUCUAGACUUGUUUAGAUCAAAAUUUAGUCUAUAAUGCAAAUGGUCCAUUAUCUAAAAAAAUUCUUUAUAUAAAAUGCUCAAUGUUGUUUGGGUAAUAAUGAUCAAUGACCAAUUUAAAAAGAUUCAUGAAAAAUACUAUGUAUCCAGCUGGCUACCCGCUUUUGUACAGCCGCUGCCCUUGCUUAUAUUCACCCGUGGAAUGAAGUUAUGAAAAUGUUAUAAAUAUCACAAUGUCGUUAGGCAUUAUAAAUACAAUAAAUGUCUUUUUACUGGAGACUCGCAUUUAUAAAUCUCACUUGUCCUGGAACAGCACCGGAAUAUUUAUGCAGGAGAUAAAUAUGGGAGAAC